AAAUAUACCUCCUAUACUAUAGGGGAAGGAGAUUCCCUAUCUAAUAUCCAACCUGAAGUGAUAUUUUCACUAAAAGAUUAGUGACAAACCACUUAUUCCAGACACAAGGAAUAUAAAUUAAGAAAGCAUAAUUUGUGUUAAUUUUGGCAAUGAGUGAGGGUCCGUUCUUUCACCGGAAUUAUAGAAGCGACGUGGAAGACAAUGAUGAUGAGGAGAAGGAGGAGGAAGAAGAAGAAGAAUUUGGAGAGGAAGAUGAUGAUACUGAUGAGAGCAAUGAAAUUACGAAAAACCAGAUUGCAACGCGUUUUAUAGGUCGGGGUUCGAAAUUUGGUGUGGAGGGGCGAAAUAGUAAUUCUGAAUCCAAGGACAAUCAGUUUACGAUUCUGAAUAUUUUGGCGGCGGCGUUGCGGAAGUCGCUGGUCACUUGCAGCGUCGACAGGGAAGAGGUGUCGUCGAUGGACAUCAGCUGGCCAACGGAAGUCAAGCACGUGUCGCACGUGACCUUCGACAGGUUUAAUGGGUUCCUCGGGUUGCCCACCGAGCUCCAGCCGGAGGUUCCCUGGAAGGCACCCAGCGCCAGUGCUAGCGUAUUUGGAGUUUCUGCCAAGUCCAUGCAGUGUUCUUAUGAUGAAAGAGGAAACAGUGUACCGACAAUUCUGCUUAUGAUGCAGAAACGUUUAUAUUCAGAAGGAGGCCUUAAGGCAGAAGGAAUAUUUCGAAUUAAUGCUGACAAUGGCCAAGAAGAGUUUGUCCGAGGCCAGCUAAACAAAGGUGUAGUACCACAUGAGAUUGAUGUCCAUUGUUUGGCAGGCUUGAUAAAGGCAUGGCUGAGAGAACUUCCAACUGGAGUACUUGAUUCCCUCACACCAGAACAGGGCAUGCACUGCAAUUCUGAAGAAGACUGCACUCAACUUGUGAAGUUACUUCCUCCGACAGAAGCUGCUCUGCUUGACUGGGCUAUCAAUUUGAUGACAGAUGUCGUGGAGUAUGAACAGUACAACAAAAUGAAUGCACGCAACAUUGCAAUGGUUUUUGCACCAAAUAUGACACAGAUGGCUGAUCCUUUGACGGCAUUGAUUCAUGCUGUGCAAGUAAUGAACUUCCUUAAAACCCUCAUCUUAAAGACACUUCACGAGAGGAAGGAAUCAGCCAAGAAUUCAAGACUAUUGUCAUCAAGCUUGGAUUCUUCUGCCAAGAGUAACUCUGAUCUGUCUACCAUAAACGAACAAGAAUCCUGCAAGCAAGUUCAAGAUGCUUCUGCACCAGAGGCACCAGCAACUGCUAUGUUCUUGAGGACUGCCACUCUCAGUAGGCUGGAAUCAGACCCAGAGCAAACACUUUGGAGCUUUCAGAAAAGCGAUGGAGAAGAGGAAUUUGAGUCCGUUAAUUCAGAUAGCAGCACACCAGAAGCAUCCGAAGCAGGAACUUUAGAAAAUGAAUGUAAAGUUGGAUACCAAAAAUUGAACCGGCUAAGUUUGAGGAAAGGAGCAAGGAAAUUAUGCAGGCACCCUGUAUUUCAGUUGAGUAAGCCAACCAAGAAAACACGAAAUCUCGGGAUUGUAAAUACUAAGGGAGGAGGUGGAGAGACAUGGGCAUGAUUUUAGUGUCAGCAUCCAAUAACAUUGCUAUGUUGUCAUGUUUAUAGUUGAUUGUUGCUGAUUUAACGUUUGCUGAGUAUGUAGUAGGUGAAGUCUAAGUAGGAUGUUUGGAGUACUAACUGAAGUUCUAGCUUGGAUGGAAGUAAUCUCUGUGAGUGAGCCUCUCUCCUUUAGUUUUAUUACAGAGCUUUGUGUUGUAAUAACAGUCAUCAAGAUUUUAAUUAGUUAGCUCUACGUAGGAUUGGAAACCCUAUUGUACAAUGUUUACUCUUCCUUGGUGACGAUUCCCAAUUGACAAAUGAAAGGAGUUUAAUCUC